AUGCUGGUGGACACAGGGGCGAUGCACUCGAUAUUCCUGCCGUCAGGAAAAGACCGUAGCCGCAAACCUGACGAAACAACUGCCCUCGUUGCCGCAAAUGGGACCCCCAUCCAUUCCUACUGCACUAAGUCCCUCGAGAUAUCCAUCUUGGGGCGCAACUACGUCUGGAAGUUCACCAUCGCGGACGUCAGGAUUCCACUACUGGGGGCAGAUUUCCUGGCGCAGAACGGCCUCCUGGUUGACCUGGGCCGCAAACGCCUCCUCAACACGGGGACAUGCCGUUCCUUACCACCUGCAGCGAGCCCGGGCGCCCCCACAAUUUGUACCGUUACCCCCCACAAGUACGGCAACCUUCUGCAGGAAUUCCCUGAAGUCUUCAAACUGGAACUUCGUCAGGCGGCAGGGACGCCACCCAAGCACGGAAUAUUCCACCACAUCACCACCACGGGCUCCCCGACACACGUGAAGUUCUGA